CGCCCCAUGACAUCCAAAUUCACUCACCAAACUAACUAACAAUAACACGUUCUCCGGAAGAAUCGUCUCUAGGAAGGUCCGGGUCGUAAUGAAACGCACAAACCUCAAACCAAGAAAAUAAUCUAACAAGCAAAUAAAUCUACAAAACAUGGAGAUACUUCUCUGAGAAGGGAGAAGAAGAAGCAAGAAUACGCAGAAGAUGAUGUCCGGUGGUAACUACACGACUAUAGAUAACCAAAAUGUUUCAGGAUCUGUUCCCGCUGUUCCAGAUCAGGGACAGAUAGCCGUUAAAUUCACUGAGUCAAAUCUUCAAACGUUUCCUCCUUCCGGAACUCAAGGAAAGAUCGCUGGUGGAUUCCAGCCACCUCGUGAUGCUGAUGAUACAUUUUCAAAACCUAUCUCUGGUUCUGAUGAACCCCCCCAACAGGCUGGUGGCUGGCUUCAGACCUUCUCAAUUUCUUCCUACAAACAAUAUUUUGAUGUCGAUACUUCAGACGUUCUAGAGAGGAUCAAGGAUUCGCUUUAUCCAUUUAAAGGAACUUUUAACGAAAGGACAGCCGACACUCCAGAUUUAUACGGACCAUUUUGGAUAUGUACAACCUUGAUAUUUGUGGCUGCUUCUAUUGGAACGUUUGUAACAUACAUAGCACAAAAGUUACAACAUAAAGAUUGGAACUAUGACAUAAAUUUGGUAACUUGGUCUGCUGGUUUGUUCUAUGGCUAUGUCACCAUUGUUCCUCUUGGACUAUAUGUAGUCCUCAAGUACUUCUCGGUGCCUUCUGGCCUUGUUCAGCUCUUAUGUCUCUAUGGCUACUCUUUAUUUGUGUUCAUCCCAGCACUGUGUCUCUCUGUUGUUCCUUUGGAAAUUUUUCGAUGGGUUAUUGCGGGCGUUGCGGGAUUCAUGUCUGCAUCCUUUGUGGCACUCAAUCUCCGAGCUCACAUAAUGUCAGCUGGUGAGAGGUGGGUUUUGAUUGUGGCUUGUAUCUUCUUGCUGCAGUUAGCUCUUGCUGUCAUUCUCAAACUAUAUUUGUUCACCGUAACUGUAUUAAACUAAACUCCCCGACCCUUGAUAAACAUGUCGUAGAUUACGCACGAGAAUUUCUUUUGGUUUUCAAUACUUGUCAUGUUUAGUGUUACAGUCAUGCUUGUCCAAAGUGUGUUGCUUAUGGUCGCAUGGUAGAUGUUUCAGUCUUUCUUGUGGUUGACAAAGAUGUCAACCAAUUAAGUGGGGAAAGAUGUCACGUUCAUCCUUGUCCAAGGCGUGUUGCCUAUGAUCGUAUGUCAGAUGUCCCGAUCUUGCUUGUCCAGGACUUGUUGUCCAUGGUUGCAUACCUGUUCUAAACCCUUGCGUAGAUUACGAACGAGAAUUUCUUUUCGUUUCCAAUA